CAGAGGGAGUUGGAGAGGCAGAGGGAGUUGGAGAGGCAGAGACAGGAGGUAGAGAGGCAUCAAGAGAUGGAAAGACAAAAACUGCUGGAAUUUGAGAAGCAGAAGAUUGAGAGGGAGAGACAGCGGCUGAUGGAGAAGCAGCUGCUGGAGAUGGAGAAGCAGAGGCAGGCCGAGAGGGAACGACUGGAAAGGGAAAAAGAGCAGGAGAGGGCCAGACAGCAGGAGCUGGAGAGACAGAGGGCGAUGGAGAGGCUGAGGGAAAUGGCUAAAGGAGAGGAGAAGGGAUCUCCUCUCAGACCCAGAGUGCUGGAUCUGGACUCUGUGUCUCUGGAGAACCGGCACGCGUUGCCCGCCCAAGCGGCCGAGUCCGGCAGACUAAAGCCGCUCUCCCCGAGGGCGGAGGAGCCGUACCGACCCGCCAUCCUGGACAUCGACUCCUUCCGGACCCAGAUGCAGCCCGCCCCCCACGGCGAGUCCUUCCCCACGGCUGGAUUCGGCGAGCCCGCCCCUGGGGCGGGGGUCCGAUCCCAGCCCCAUACCCCGGAGCUGGAGGGAGUGCGUGGGCCGGGCCCGGGAAGGGGGGCGGGGAGACCCAGCCCCGUGUGGACCCCCUCCCAGCUGGAGUUCUGGGAGCAGAGGGAGAGCGGGGCCCUGGACGUGCCCCUGACGCCCAGUAGGGUGGGUGCCGGCUGGGCCGCCCCCGAGCCGCCCCAGAAGCCGGCCGGGAAGCCCAGCCUGGAGCAGCUGCUGCAGAGGCAGGAGGAGAGGCAGGCGGGCCCUGAACGCCGCUGGUCAGGCCUGCCCGCGGAGGCCAGCUCGCCCACCGCCUGGACCCCCUCCCCCCGGAGGGAGACCACGGCGCCCGGCGGCCCCGAAUCCCAGCGCCAGGGGUUCGACCCCGCGGACAGCCUGUGGUGGCUCCAGGACCCUGCACCCAUGGCGGCCCCCGAGCGGAGAGAGGAGGUGGGGGACAGGUGGAAAACACAGGGCUCUCAGGCCAAGGACGUGUCCCGGAUGAGGUCGCGCAGCGUGUCACGGAGGUCAGCGCCCGCAGAGAGCCCCCUGGAGGGACCCCUGUCCCGUAUGCGGAGCCGCAGUGCACACAGAGAGAGGGGCCGACAGUCAUGGGAGCAGCUGAAGCAGUGUGUGAGUGCUGAUGAGGAGGGGCGGGACACCGACACCCUGGUCCACGAGACGGACAGUCAGUACGGGACCUGGGACACCGGUCUUCGCACGGACGACAGCCUGACCCCCGCCACCCCAACUUCAGACAGCAAUCUCAGCUCGUCGCCACGGAAACCCACGCCCCCACACACGCCCGGGGAGCCCACCACGCCCAGCGACCUCGACACUCCCGACGCCCCCUCCCCCGCCCCCCCAAACGGAGACAGAGCCCCUCCCUUUGUGUGUGUGUGUGCGUGCAUGCUGUGCCCGCAGACCUCCACCACGCUGCUGGACUCGAGCGCGCUGCGCUCCCGGGUGCAGCUGAGUAAGAAGCGAAGCCGCAGGAACCUGCCGUCACGGGCAGCGCGCCACAGCGCCGCCCUGUCUGUGCUGCAGGAGGGCCCCGGCGUCACCGCCGACGACUGGAUGUACCGCGACUCCACGGAGGAGAAGGUGGAGAGCUCCAAGCAGGAGGAUUCAGACACGGAGGAUCAGCCCAGAGGAGCAGAGACCCGCCCAGCGGCCUCCCAGCCCCAGAGGGUCGCCCUCUUCCCCGGGAUGGACCCGUCUGCCCUCAAGGCUCAGCUGAAGAAGAGGGGAGACUCUGACAAUCAGACAGAAGGAGCCAGCCCCUCCGCCACCCAGCUGUCGCGCUCCCCCAAGUCUCCAUUUCUGCCCCGUGCUUCCCGUGUGCUGCCCCCUGCUGGCGGGAAAGAGAAUGGGGAGGAGUCCUCUCCUCAGUGGCUGAAGGAGCUGAAGUCCAAGAAGCGCUUGAGUCAGUACGAUAACGACACCUAGGAGCAGAGGACAAGGUUGCCUUAAAAGUGGGGAAUGUGUAGAGGAAGUCGUGACAGAAGCCUUAACCUUUGACCUGGAGAUGGACGGAAUCCUGCUGCUGCUGACGUGACUUUUUGUGUUUUUGUUUGUUUUUAUUAUUUUUUUUUUUUUAUUAUUAUUUGUUUUUUUCUGUUAACUUCCUGCCUGGGUCGCAAAUAUGUGCAUGGUGCCUUUAUAGAACAUAUAGUUUAUUUUGUGGACAAAACGAGCAAGAAAAAAAAAAAACAAGUACAACUGGGUGCUCUGCUUGAAUACAUUUCAACACCCAGCUCCUUUAGAUGUCUUUCUGUCGGAUGAAUCUCAGCAUAGAGCCACUUUACUCUCUCACUGCACAGGGAGACAGAGGAAGGGGAGGACCAAUUCUUCACCAGUUUUUGUUGCACUUCAGGAAGGUUAGCCUGCAGGACCAAGCACCUCUUAGCCCAGAAGUGCUUCCUGAAACUGGAAGAUAGACCAGAAACCCCCAUGAAUGGAUGUCUUUUCUGUUUUUUUUUUCUUUAAAUUCUGAGAUUAACUAAUGUGUUUGGUGUAUCAUUUCAUCUGUCAGUCGACAGGUUUAGGAAAUGGCCACACACAGUUGCCAUAGCGUAAUGGUUUCUGCUUAAUUUUUUCCUUCAUAAAGAUUAAAGAGAACAAAACCAUAUUGAAAAAAACAAUCAGACACAUAGUCUACUAUAUGUAUUAGUGAUAAAGAUGGCAACUGUAAUCUUGAACUGUUAUGUAUGUGUAUUGUUGCUGGAAAGAGAUAGAGGGUAUCAGGUGCAAAAAAAAAAUCCGUAAUCAAUCCAUCAGUAAUGAAACUAAAGAAAGUCCAUACUCGUAAAUUAUUGUAGGGGUGCACAAUGUUAUUUUCCCCAGAUGUGUAAAUCACGGAUGUCACCGCCCAACAGAUAUGAGAGAAUAAAUUCCUUUCGGGCAGCGAGUGAUU